CAUUAUUGUCAACCUCCAAAUAUUGAUAGACAUCAUGUAAUACGCAUACAUUUAUCACAUCGCGUAGCAGCAGAGUAAUCAACGGAAAAAUUAUCCACGAUUAGCUCCAGAAUUUUGAUGUUUCCGUAACAAUGACGCCGGUGGACAAGGAACAAUACCGACUCGAACAAGAAGCGUUCGUUUCCAAUCACGGAGGCACGACGCCGCAAGACAUUCUUCUCACGCUUCUGCCUAAUGUGUGCGGCAUCUUGUUGACAACGACGACUCUGGGCGUUCUUAGGAAACACAUCCACAGGAAUGUGAGAGUCGUCAUAGAAUUUAUACUAACUGUUGUCCCGACUGUCUUGUGCUGCACCGUGUUAUCGGAACACAUUGGUAGCGUAUGCAUCGUAAUGAUAACUAUUUCUGUAUUAAAUAUAAUGCUUCUGGCGAGCAAGGGUACUAAUGUCAUCGAUUUAGCUAUGCGUCCAGUUGCCGGCAAGAGACCCUUCAUAACUAAUUUUCGCGCAUUAACUAAUAUUAUAACUGCGAUUUGUAUAUUGGCUGUAGACUUUCGAAUCUUUCCACGGAAGUUUGCCAAAACAGAAGUGUUUGGAUAUAGCCUGAUGGACACUGGUGUUGGAUUAUUUAUAUUAGCAAAUGCCCUGGUUGCGCCAGAGGCUCGUGAUUUUUCUGUUCACCGCCAAGCGAGGUUUGAGGAAAUUCUCACGAAAAAUUUAAGGAGUUGCUUCCGAAGUUGUGUACCUCUCUUGGUGUUAGGCCUCGGACGUUUCGUAACGGUGGAAUACAUGGGAUAUCAAAAGCAUGUCACUGAGUAUGGCAUUCAUUGGAAUUUUUUUAUGACUUUAGCUGUGGUUAAAUUGUUCACUAGUAUGAUUACCAGUACUAUUAACUCGAGGUACUCACUACUCUCAGGUAUUUGGAUAUUAGGGAUGCACGAAUACAUCAUGAACACGAAAGGCUUCAAAACCUGGAUUUUAGGAGAUGCGCCGAGAGAUGAUUUUUUCUCUGCCAAUCGAGAGGGCCUAAUUUCUGUACCUGGUUAUGUAGGAUUAUAUUUUGUCGGUGUAGCUGUUGGAAGAUUAAUACAUUCCACAUAUCAAAAUUCGCACACAAAAUUGAACAUGAAUAUUUCUUUGAAGCUGUAUGGUCUUGAAUUUGAAGCGAGCUACAAUGAGUCUAUGUUAUUGUGCAUUAAGUUAUCUUUGAUAUCGGUGCAAACUUGUAUUGCAACAUUAUUCUGUGAUUCGUACUUCAAAAUUUCAAGAAGAUUAGCUAAUGCCGGUUACUGCAUGUGGAUAUUAACUUUAACAACUACAUUGCUUACACUUUUGCUAUUUGUGGAGGUUGUGAUAGAUAUAGUUAAUUAUGUAGUAAAUGAAUCGCACAUUGAAAGCAAAACGGAGAGACUGCGCAAAAAUUUGCGAUUGAAUCUAAAGAAAAAUGUGGAGAGCGAGAAGAAAGUACAUAAAGAAGAAGGUAUAGUCAAGAGAUCUUUGGAAAUUUUUGAUGCUGUAAAUUAUAACGGCUUGUUUUUCUUCCUUCUUUGUAACGUUAUAACUGGGCUUGUCAAUACGUUAAUGUACACAUUAUAUGCGAAACCAUCGACAGCUCUAUUAAUAUUAAUAAUAUAUAUGGCUACAAGUAUAUUUUCGACAUUGAUACUUUACAGGAUGCAAAUACCAAUCAAAUUAUGAAGUCUGUGCAAAAAUUGUAAUGAGACAAUUUGGACAAAUUUACAAUCUUAGAAUCGAACUUUUGAUUAUUGUAUUUUCAGCAGAAUUCUUCCAUGUGUUUUUACGUUAAAAAUAUUAGGUAAUAUAAUUUAUACAUAACGCGUACACAGGGAACUAUUUUUCAUUACAGAUUACACAUUAUAAGUCUCAUAUGGCCAAAAAUAG